ACAACGUCACAACGACGCCACUUCCUAUCUCUAGGGGAUCAUUAUGUGAGCGAGUCCCUCCCACAGUUGUCCCACCGGUGCUUCAGAAGGUGCUUCGUCCAUCGGCUGGGGACAGCCGUCCUGUACUCGAGUGCUUCCCAUUUUUUUCUUGUGUUUGAGCAGGCAGCCACCUUGAGGAAGAACGCGUAGCGCAGUGGUAUAAACGAUAUGUCGCCAAUAAUCGUCCUCCUGGCCGGACUUUGCCUUGUGCAUGGAAGGGAACUUCACAAAAGGCAGUCCUUCUCAUUCGAGUUCCCCGACGACAGCGACUGUCGCACACCACACGACGAACCAGGAUCCUGCAUCCUGCUGUCCGAAUGCCCCACAUUGCAGAGUGUCCGGGACUAUACCUUCUUACGGCGGUACAUUUGCGGUUUCUCUCGGAAUAACCCUCUGCUGUGCUGCCCUAAAGUACAACGUCAACCAGACCCGACGACACGAAGACCGACGCGCAGGACCAGACGACCUACGACUAGACCAGCGCCACAACCGCCUCGUCCCCAGCCUCCCAGUGAAAACAUCGAAGAAGGGCCACGAAUUGCUGGCUAUCCAACGUUCCUUCCUGCAAACUGCGGCAAGAGCAAUGUCACGGGGGGCCGUAUCGUAGGAGGACGCGAGUCUGACCCUGGAUCUUGGCCAUGGAUGACAGCCAUUUACAUUAAUACUGGAGGUGUCAAUUCGGCAGCAUGCGGAGGAGCGCUUGUUACACCACGCCACGUUGUCACGGCGGCUCAUUGCGUUGUUGUGGGGCACAGAGCGAGCAACCUUCCCCCUUCGGUGUUCACCGCACGCCUUGGAGACCACAACUUGGUUCGCAGCGACGACAAUGCUCAAGCUUUCGAUGUCCGUGUUGUUGGUGUCGAAAGGCACGCAGACUUCGAGCCCCGGACAUUUAAGAAUGACAUCGCUGUCCUGACACUUGAGAAGCCAGUCACAUUCAACAAGUUUGUAAGACCCGUCUGCUUGCCGUUCGGAGAUGACUUCGGUGGUCGGGACCUUACUGGAUACCACGGCUUCGUAACUGGCUGGGGCACCACAGCUUUCAAUGGCGAAGGUAGCGACGUCCUGAAAGAGGCUCAAAUUCGUAUCUGGGAUGAACCCAAGUGCAAGACUGCAUUCAAGAAAGAGGUCCCGAUCUCGGAUGUUUACCUCUGUGCAGGAGACGGUGAGGGGCGCAAGGAUUCCUGCCAGGGCGACUCAGGAGGCCCUUUCGUCCUUCCGGACAACGGUCGCUUCUACCUCAUAGGCGUGGUGUCUUUCGGCAAACGUUGCGCCUCGGUUGGCUACCCUGGCGUCUAUACCAGGGUGACGAAGUUCAUGCCCUGGAUCCUCGAACGUAUUCAGUAGUGUGAACAUAUGUGUGUGUGAGAGAGAAAGAGACACUUUAAAUUCUUGAGCGUUCGUUGAAGGAUACAACCAACAAGAAAAAACACAAUAUCCCGAUAAACACUGUUUCGUUCUAAGAGUGCUGCGCCUUCUACAAAAGACUGUCCACGAGCAACGGUUUCCACUGGAGACUUUUUCCUUUCCACUCGAACACGUACAAAUUCCACCUCUCGUGAAUACUUAGCUGCAAGUCAUGUGCUGUUCCCACUUCAUGUAGGUAGUGCUACAUUUAUCGAUUGCUUCAGAGCUGUUCUAAACCAUUUCGUUUUUAUGAAACUUGUGAUUGUAAAGUACUGCGUUUGAUGCAGACAUUAUUACAGCACAGUUCAGGUUGCUCCUUUUAUUUUACUUCAUUCAGAUUCAUCAUAAGUUAAUGCAUUCAUUUCUGCAUGGAGGCUACAAUUUUAUAAUAAACGUGUGAUUCCUACCGAUGGCCAGAAAGAUUCCCGGGCGUUACUCAGAGGGUCAACUUAGCAACUGCGAGCCAACAGAGGGUGGAGACUGGUUCAUGUUUCUGUGAUAUGAGUACUUGUAUAGUGUUCUUUACUGUACAUAUAUUUUCGUUGUUACUUUCAUAUUUAAGUAAAGCUUGUACAACUUAUACAUUUA